GUUACUGUCGGGAAUUGAUGGAUGAAGAUUAAACGAAGAGGCUCUGUGUGAAUGCGUAAUGCGAACGGAAGUCGACGGAGAAAGCUAAGUUCGAAUGGAAAUUUGAUAGAGAGUAGGAGACGACCGGCGGAGUUUUAACAAAGUCAAGUCAAAGAAAGUUCGACAACGACUCCGUUCCACGAAGCAAGCGGCUGCUUCGUGGUUUUCGCUUGCUUAUAUAUAUAUAUAUAUAUUAUAUUAGUCUUCCGCACCGAACGCGAAGGUGUCGUUACUCUGAUUGAAGUUUUGAGGUCUUGUUUCCGUCGAAUUUGAUAUCUGAUCAGCGUUGGCACGUCCGUGAGCAAAGAAAACAAUGGGAUGUUUUGGUUGCUGCAAAGAGGAUGCUAUCCAGAUGGCUGCUGAUAACAGCAGCAUGUACCCGGUAAAAGCUUCAGCAGGUAAUUUUACAGGAAGUGAUGAAAGCUACAAGCAGCAAACUGCACCUAAGAGUCCUGUGAAAAUGCGACCAAUUGAAGUCCCUGCCAUAUCAUUUCAGGAACUAAAGGCAAUUACGAAAAAUUUUGAUGCUCAAUGUUUGAUUGGAGAGGGUUCAUACGGUAGAGUAUACUAUGGGGUGUUUACAAAUGGGCAGACUGUGGCAGUCAAAAACUUGGAUGCCAGCAAACAACCUGAUGAUGAAUUCUUAUCCCAGGUUUCCAUGGCUUCAAGACUAAAGCACGACAAUUUUCUAAAUUUAAUUGGAUACUGCGUGGAUGGCAAUAAUCGAAUCCUUGCAUACGAGUAUGCUUCAAAUGGAUCUCUUCAUGACAUUUUACACGGGAGGAAAGGAGUCAAAGGAGCAGAACCUGGCCCUGUUCUUUCCUGGACAGAAAGAGUAAAAAUUGCUGUAGGUGCUGCAAGGGGGUUGGAGUAUUUGCAUGAAAAGGCCGAUCCCCGUAUCACCCAUCGAGACAUAAAAUCCAGCAAUGUUUUAAUAUUUGAUGAUUAUUUGGCGAAGAUUGCCGACUUUGAUUUGUCAAACCAAGCCCCUGAUAUGGCUGCACGCCUUCAUUCCACUCGUGUUCUUGGAACCUUUGGUUAUCAUGCUCCUGAAUACGCAAUGACUGGACACUUGAAUGCCAAGAGUGAUGUGUACAGCUUUGGUGUCAUCCUGCUUGAACUUUUGACAGGAAGAAAGCCUGUUGAUCACACAUUGCCUCGAGGACAGCAAAGCCUUGUGACAUGGGCCACGCCUAAACUUUGCGAGGACAAAGUUAAUCAAUGUGUUGACGCAAAACUACGAGAUGAGUACCCUCCCAAGUCAGUUGCAAAGUUUGCAGCCGUUACUGCAUUGUGCGUUCAAUAUGAAGCAGAUUUCAGGCCAAACAUGAGUGUUGUGGUCAAAGCUCUGCAGCCUCUGUUAAAUCCCCGACCUGGUCCUGGUGGAGAGCGCCAAAACUCUAAACAGUAAAUCUCUAUAUCUCUAUAUUUCUCUCUCUAUAUUCAUUCCUGUGGGCAUUUUUCUGGGCCAAUCUGCAAAUUGUAAUAUUAGCAAGGAGUUAAGGUGGCGAUGAAAUCAAAAUUUGUUAGCAAAAACAGUGAAAUACAUAAUGAUGAAUUUAUGUGAUAUAUUAUGAGGGUGUGGACAGUGGGGUUUCGGCUCUCUCGUUUGUGUGCCCUGCUGCUUAGCAUCUUCACAACCCACGUGCAUGAUGGCCCAUUUUCGACCACAAAAUUCAAAGAGAAAAAAGGGCAAAAAAAGAGGUGUUUUUUUUUUUAGCCUUUUCAUUC